AUGGCUGGCUUUGUCCAGGCUUUCCCAGACCGAAUCAUCCCUCUCCUCACCACCCACACUCCGGACUACCUCAAGCUCACUGGCCCCAGUGGCAUCUGGAACAGAACCAACCUCGGUAAAGGAGUCAUUGUCGGCGUCCUCGACACGGGCAUUACGCCUGGUCACCCUUCCUUCCAUGACGACGGCGUGCCUCCUCCGCCUGCGAGCUGGAAGGGCCAGUGCAAUCUCGAGAAAGGUUGCAACAACAAGGUUAUUGGCGCGAGGGCGUUUCAAAUUUCAUCUACGAAGGCCGAUCCCACGGAUGAUAUUGGCCACGGCACUCACACUGCUAGCACCAUCGCGGGCAAUUUCGUGCAGAACGUAAAUGCAUUCGGGCUCGGCAAUGGCACGACUGCUGGCAUGGCUCCGCAUGCACAUCUUUCCAUUUAUAAGGUGUGCCAGGUUUCGGGCUGCCGCUCUGCUGAUAUACUUGCUGGUUUUGAUGCUGCGAUAAAGGAUGGUGUGCAUAUCCUCUCUCUGUCUCUCGGUGGAGCCUCGAGGGAGUACGAUCAAGAUCCAGUAGCUAUUGGAUCGUUCGCUGCAAUUAGAAAGGGCAUCACUGUUGUUUGCGCCGGUGGCAAUGAAGGCCCUUCGGAGAGCUCGUUGUCGAAUGAGGCUCCGUGGAUUCUCACCGUUGGUGCGAGUUCAAUUGACAGAAGCUUUCGAUCAAUAGUGAAACUAGGUGACGGAAGUGAGUAUUACGGUGAAGCCCUCUUCCAGCCGGCUAAUUUUAGCUCCAAACCCUUUCCUUUACUUUAUAAUGACGGCGCUUGCGACGAGGCUAUGGAAGUCAAGGGCAAGAUCGUCCUUUGUGAGCGCGAGUUCCAAGAGCCGGAAUAUAUAGGUUCGGCCUUGAAACAAGCUGGAGCCGCGGGGGUCAUCAUACUAAAUGAACAAGAACGAGGCUACACAAUCCUCGUCCACAACCUAGAAUUAGCCGCUUCAGAAGUCUCUUUCCAAGAUGCAUUGAAGAUCAAGAAAUACGCAAACUCGACGGAAAACCCGACUGCCUCGAUCAUAUUCAACGGCACUCUCCUCGGCGUCACCCCAUCCCCAGUCAUCGCCUUCUUCUCCUCACGUGGACCAAACCAGCAAUCUCCCGGAAUUUUAAAGCCCGACGUCACUGCUCCCGGUCUGAAUAUCCUCGCAGCUUGGAAUACACCAGUGGAAACUCAAACGAAAGCCCCUUUCAAUAUAAUUUCAGGCACAUCGAUGGCAACACCUCAUGUCAGCGGCAUUGCCGCUCUCAUCAAGAGCCUGCACCCGGAUUGGAGCCCCGCCGUAAUCAGAUCAGCAAUUAUAACCUCCUCUGACAAUCUAGAUCGUGAGGGCAAUAUCAUCAAGGACGAGAUGCACAACGAUGCGACUUUUUACAUAUCAGGUGCUGGCCAUGUGAAUCCCGUUAACGCCACUGAGCCAGGUCUAGUUUAUGACAUAACCAUCGAUGAUUACAUUUCCUAUCUUUGUGGUAAGGUUGGGGAGCAUGGAGUCUCUAUGAUUAAUUCUGGGUUGAACGCUAGCUGUUCCGAUGCGAAGCAAAUAACUGACACAAUGUUGAACUAUCCAACGAUCACCGUGUUUGCUGUAUCGGGAGCUCCGGCGGUGGUAAAUAGGACGGUAACGAAUGUGGGUGAUGCGAAUGUGAAAUAUACGGUGGAGGUGGAUGUGCCGAAGGGGGUGAAGGUUAUGGUGAGGCCUAAGACUCUGCAGUUUACAAAGGUUAACGAGUCGCUGACGUUUUCUGUCGAAGUGAUCUCGGAUGUUGCUGCUCAAGGGAACUUGAAGUGGGUUUCGGGCAAGACUGUGGUGAGGAGUGCUUUGGUGAUCAUGACGUAG